AUGGCCUCCUUGGGUGGUAACAACGCCGCCUACGUCCGUGUGGACGCCGAACUUGAGUACGUCGCCUCCCAGCUGGUCGACGUUGCGGUUUUCAACACAAACCAAAGCUGCUGCGCCGUCGAACGCAUCCGCGUCCAUGCCGACGUGUAUGGCAAGUUUCUAAAGCAGCUUCACAAGGAGAUUUGUACGUGA